ACACAGAAAUGGAUAUAAAAAGGGCCAGAUUCUCUUAGUUCUUCAGUAAAAACAAAGCUACUUUACAGUAAAUCACUCGCUCAAUCAAUCGCUUCAACCGCAAAACAAAAUGAAAAUGUUUUGCAUAAUUUUCAUUGGUGCAUUAAUUGCAACUGCUAGUUCGGCCAACUACAACCUCCAACCUGGGCCUGCAUUGCCACGUUAUCUGAGUCCUGUGUCGCCUUCAGAUUCUCAGUCAUCACUGCUUUCCUACCAAUACCAGCCAGCAGCUCCAGCACCGGCUCCAGCUUCCUAUGCUGCACCUGCCCCUACUCCGUCUUAUUCCGCACCUGCUCCUGCUCCAGCUCCAUAUGCCGCACCUGCACCUGCUCCAGCCAACUAUGCAGCACCAGCACCCGCGCCAGCUACUUAUGCUGCACCAGCUCCUGCUCCAUCUAUUUAUGCUGCACCUGCCCCUGCUCCGUCUUAUUCCGCACCUGCACCAUCUCCAGCUUCCUAUGCAGCACCAGCACCUGCGCCAGCUACUUAUGCCGCACCUGCUCCUGCUCCAGCUUACUAUGCAACACCAGCACCUGCGCCAGCUACUUAUGUCGCACCUGCUCCUGCUCCAGCCAACUAUGCAGCACCAGCACCCGCGCCAGCUACUUAUGCCGCACCUGCUCCUACUCCAAGCAACUAUGCAGCACCAGCACCUGCUCCAGCCAACUAUGCAGUACCUGCUCCAUCUUCUUAUGCGCAACCAGCUCCGGCUCCGGCUCCGACUUGUGCCCGAUCUGCACCUGCACCUGCUCCAACUUCCUAUGCACAACCUGCUCCAGCUUCCUACGCACAACCAGCUCCAGCUUCAUAUACAUCACCUGCACCUGCUCCAGCCAACUAUGCAGCACCUGCACCUGCGCCAGCUACUUAUGCAGCACCUGCUCCUACUCCAGCCAACUAUGUAGCACCAGCACCCGCGCCAGCUACUUAUGCCGCACCUGCUCCGGCACCAAGCAACUAUGCAGCACCAUCUCCUGCUCCAGCCAACUAUGCAGCACCUGCUCCCACUCCAUCCGCUUAUGGCGCAGCCUCACCCGCUUCUUCUACAGCUAACUAUGUAGUACCUGCUCCAGCUUCUUAUGCGCAACCAGCUCCGGCUCCGGCUCCGACUUGUGCUGCACCUGCACCUGAUCCAGCUACUUUUGCCACACCUGCUCCUGCUCCAAGCAACUAUGCAGCACCUGCACCUGCUCCAGCCAACUAUGUAGCGCCUGCGCCUGCGCCAGCUACUUAUGCCACACCUGCUCCUGCUCCAAGCAACUAUGCAGCACCUGCACCUGCUCCGGCCAACUAUGCAGCACCUGCUCCGACUCCAGCUAACUAUGCAGCACCCGCAUCAGCUUCCUAUGCAGCACCAGCUCCGGCUUAUGCUGCACCUGCUCCAGGUUCCUAUGUACCAGAGCCAUGGCUUUAUUCAGCAGAUCCUGCUCCAGCUGCAGAUGCUUAUGGAGCACCAGCGCCGGCACCAGCCCCAACUUAUGUACAACCUGCCCCAGCGCCAGCAUCAUACGCCGAAGCAUCUCAGGCAUACACAGCUCCAGAACCCAUUCCAGUACCUCCUCCUUGUUCUUCUGCAUCAUACUCUGCACCAGCACCGGCACCAUCUCCAGCACAUACUUAUACUGCCCCCGCUCCCUCUCCAGCCACUUACACAGGAUCUGUCUCAUUUUAUACAGCACCAGCUUCGACAGCUCUGAUCUCAUAUGGAGCUCCAGCGCCUGCUCCGGCCCCUUCACCUUAUCCUGCACCAGCACCAGCACCAGCUGCCGCAGCUUAUGCUCUUCCACCUUACUCUAUUGAUGUGAAAUACUAUCAAUAUUUCGAAGGCGCACUUCAACUUCUCGCAUCAACCAACGUAAGACCGCACGAAGAAUCUUUUUUGACAAUGUGGUUCGUAAUACUUCUGGGGAGCAUGUUUGCUACCGCCGUCAGUGGACUUUAUACACCGCUGUGUGCCGAAGGUGGCUUACCCGUGUGCGCCACAAAUGGUCGAGCUUAUCUGUACUUCGAAAACGAAUGUAGAUUGAACGCUUACAUAUACAAGCAGCUGUUUCUGGGCCAGCUCCUACCAGUGAAAACAGAUCUCGAGAAUUGUUUGUUGAAUUGUCAUGAGAUUAUUUGUCCAGCGUUAUUUAAGCCUGUCUGUGCACAGCAAGUGCCUGACGGACCUUCGAGGACGGUGCCGAAUGCUUGUCUUGUAAAUCAACUCAUUUGCGCAACGAAGCGACAUUGGAAAAUCGUUGGUGAGGGUCACUGCCUACCUUCUCCGGUACCGAAACCACUGGCACGUCCAUCUUAUUCGUAUACCUCUACAACAUCUGAACGUUACCAAAUGUCCGAUAAGGCAGCACUUUCUCCCUCAUAUGCUGAUCGAGAGUAUUCACCAUCAGUUCCUGUUCCAGUUGCUUACUCACCUUCAGAUCAGCAUCUCAGCUAUGCUACACCGUCUGCUGGUACUGCAACAGCAGAUAGAGCUUACGAAGGGCAACCGAGUAAAAGUUAUACAGAAUCUGCCCAAGCAUUGGCAUAUAAUUCAUACAAUGCCCUGGAUUAUACACCUGAUCCCGCUCUUAAUGAAGUGCAACCACCAGUUCAAUAUCCUGAUGGAGCAGUAGCUUACGCUUCUUCGGCUCCAUGUUCUUCUUCAGCAUCAGAUCCCGCUGCUCUAUCUGCAACACAUGGCGCUCCAGACCAAAGCUUAAGUUACGUAGCGCCAGUGGCCGCGCCCAAACCUUAUGCUGCUCCGAAUCAUGCACCGUCUUCAUAUUCUUAUUCAGCACCAGGACCAACUUCCACAUCUGCUCCUUGUUCCGCACCCGCUGAAGAUUCCAGUUAUGCCGGUCGAGCAUCCGCAUCCGCCCCAGCACAAUAUGUCACUCCCGAUCAAAGCCUAAGUUAUGUAGCGCCAGCUACCGUUCCUGGACCCUAUGCUGCUCCGGAUACUGUACCGGCUUCAUAUUCUUAUUCACCAUCAGCGCCAUCUCCCACGUCUGCUACUUAUGCCAUUUCCGCGGAAGGUUCCAGUUAUGCGAGCCCAGUAGCCGCAAACACAAGUGCUACAUAUGUCGCUCCCGCUGAAGGCUCCAGUUAUGCAGCGGCAGCUCCUGCAACUUAUGCAGCUAUAGACACUGCACCAGCUCCCUAUGAGGUACAGCCGCCUACUGCAUGCUCUUAUUCAACACCAGCUCCAGCGCCGGCAACUUAUGCUGCCCCCGAUCAAAAUCCAAGUGAUUCGAAGCCAUCUUCCGCUUCUGCACCUUAUCCUGCUCCCUAUCAAAGCCCAAUUAAUACGGCGCCAGUUCCUGCAACUUGUGCUACUGCAGAGCUUGUAUCAACUCCAGUUCCUUAUGAAGUCCAAGCACCAGCUCCAUGUUCAAAUUCACCACCAGCGCCAGCACCCGCUCCUGCACCUUAUACUAGUCCGUAUGCAGUGCCGGCUCCCGCAACUUAUAACGUACAGCCAUCAGCUGCGGCAACUUAUGGACCUCCAACUUCUCUACCAUAUACUGCUACUGAAAAAAUCCCGGCUUAUGUGCCCACAGCUCCUAGUCCUGCACUUUAUAAUGCUGCGUCACCUCCAACUCCUUGCGAGACACAACCACAGGAGGCAGGCCCUUACAAAGCAUCACCUUCAAUUACUAUUUCAGAACAGAGCCAAAGUUAUGUGGCACCAGCUCCUUUACCUUAUGCGAUUGCACAUCCAGAAAGAAUACCAGCUUCCUCCUCAUAUCAAGUGCAGGUGCCGAUCGCAUGUACCUGCUCCGCAUCCACAGCACCAGCUAAUGCACCGUCGUCAUCAUAUGCAACAGCUUCUUCCUCAUACACAACACCCACUCAGCUUGGGGCACCUGCAGCAAUUUCCUCCGCAUACUCCAACCCAGCACAUGGGACACCCCAAAAUUCAAUAGCUAAUAUUUACUCGAGACUUCCAGGAUCUUUAAAUUUAGCGGAACUAUUUCAGCGUCUUCGAGGGCGCUUUAGUGCGUUUAUUUAUCAGCCGAGAUAUAUUCACAUUAUUUACAAUACUGACUAAAUUAAUCAUCAGUAAUAUAGUUUAAGAAAAGCUACUAGUUAUUUAUAACCCAUAAUGGGUGAAUUUCGAAUUAAAGUAAUUAAAAAUUAAGAAUAUAUUAAAAUUAAAAAUUAGAAUAC